AUGUCGUGGAAGGCAUCCGAGAGGUUGAUGGACACCAUCAGGCAUUAUGCCAACUUCCCUGCCACCGGAGUCAGCCUCCGCCAGAUGGUCCAGUUUGGCGAGAGGCCAUCAACAGGCACCCUCUUUCGAGCGUCGCAAUUCCUCGCCGAGGAACUCCCAAUUCGCCUGGCGCAUCGCGUCCAGGAGCUCAACAGUCUGCCCGAUGGCCUCAACGAGAUGCCCUCUGUCACAAAGGUCAAGGACUGGUAUGCCCAGUCGUUCGAGGAACUCACCGAGCUCGACCGCCCAAAACUCCCACGCGACGUCAAGGAGCGUCUAGCGAACCCGACAAAAUCAAAUGGCCGCAUGCUUACAGAGGCGACACCCAAUCCCAGUAUACGAGAAGGCCAAUACUCAUCAUUACAAAACGGCUCCGUCGGCAAUGGAAAGAAACCACAUGCCGCCAGGAGAUAUUUUGCCAUGGUCGACGACUCGAGCGAUUGGCCCCCGGAGCUUCGGUCAUACAACAUGCGCUUCGCCGAGGCGCUCAACAAGAUCAAGAGGCGGCACGACGGUGUUGUCACGACAAUGGCGCAGGGCAUCCUGGAGUACAAGCGGAAACGGCAGCGCAUGCAGAUUGACCACAACAUACAGUCAUUCUUGGACAGGUUCUACAUGUCGCGUAUUGGCAUUCGUAUGCUGAUUGGCCAGCACAUCGCCUUGACCACUGAUAACCACCACAACGACCCUACCUACGUCGGCAUCAUCUGCACAAAGACCAAUGUUCACGAUCUGGCCCAGGAAGCCAUCGAGAACGCCCGCUUUGUCUGCGAGGAUCACUACGGCCUGUUUGAGGCACCGAAGAUCCAGCUCGUUUGCAAUCCGAACCUCAACUUCAUGUAUGUGCCUGGUCACUUGUCGCAUAUGCUCUUUGAGACAUUGAAGAACUCCUUGCGCGCAGUGGUGGAGACACAUGGGCAGGAUAAACAGGACUUCCCAGUCACCAAGGUCAUUGUUGCUGAGGGAAGGGAGGACAUCACCAUCAAGAUCAGCGACGAAGGCGGCGGCAUUCCGCGGAGUGCUAUUCCGCUUGUGUGGACGUACAUGUAUACCACUGUCGAUCGGACGCCGAACCUAGACCCCGAUUUCGACAAGAACGAUUUCAAAGCGCCAAUGGCUGGUUUCGGCUACGGAUUGCCCAUCUCACGCCUCUAUGCACGCUACUUCGGUGGAGAUUUGAAGUUGAUCAGCAUGGAAGGAUAUGGCACGGACGUUUACCUCCACCUCAAUCGCCUCUCGAGCUCCUCGGAACCCCUCCAAUAG